AGACACAAGUCUCCACAAAGAAGAAGACUCGAUUGACGGACGCAUGAAAACAUUAGUGUUUGAAUGGAGUAGCCUGCUUUCUAUUGAUGAUUGAUCUCUUUAAGGGUUUGACCACAGGCAAGUCCUACACGCGAACAGGAAAAUGUCAGCAACAUGUCCGGACCGAAGCAGCCGGUGGCAAGACAUUCAGAAAGGACUGCAGUUUAUUCAGUCUACACUGCCCUUUCCUGGCACCCAGGAGCAGUAUCAGGUGUACAUUUGGAAUUUGGUGAGGAAUCUGUUUGGCGAGGGAAAUGACGUGUUUCUUGAAGGCGACUGGGCGAGAUCCGUUGAAUCAUACACAGAGGCCUUAAACAUAGCAGAGUAUGCAGAAUCAGAGGACAUCUGCAUCUCUCAAGACCUUUGGGAGAAGCUUCAUGCUAAUCGUGCAGCAUCCUACUUAAACAUUGGAGUGCACGAUCAAGCCCUGGAAGACUGUGAAAAAGCUCUCCAACUGAAUGAAAACAACUACAGGGCACUUUACCGGAAAGCACGAUGUCUUAAAGAGAUGGGAAGACAUAAAGAGGCUUAUGAGGCUGUUGCUAAAUGCUCCAUGGCAGUGCCUCAGGAUACUCAUGUGAUUGAAAUGACUCAGGAGCUUGCAAAAAUGUUGGGACUGAAAAUCCGUAAGGCUUAUGUGAGAAGCAAGCCUGCUUUAAAUGUUUUGCCUGGCUCCAGUCUGUCAGGAGCUGUUAAUGAUAAGCAUUCUCAAAGCUCUGCAUCUGUGGAGGACAUUGAAAUGGAAGUUGGCCAGUCUAUGCAGGGUAUGGGUGGCCCAUUACCAGUCAGCAUGCCAGUGUGUGCCACUGUAAGUGAGAAGGAUGAAGUUGAGGCUAAGCCUCCCGUCGGUGUAAUCUCACCACCAGUCAUCCCAGUUGAAACUCAUAACCCAGAGCCUGUUCCCAUGCCUCUGCAUGUUCCCCUGGUUAAUGGAACCAGGCCCAACAACUCCUACACAAUACCGGAGUCUCGCUUGGACUAUGAUACAGAUAUUAUUGGCGAUGAUUUGGAUGAGCUGUUAGACAGCGCAAGUCCUUCAGAGACUUCUUUGGAUAUUCCUACAGUAGAUGGUCCUAUUCCUUUACCAACCAGUAUUGCUGCCAGUUGUUCAAUGCAGAGUUCUCUGCUCAUGCCUUCCAGCCUGAGCCAUCCAUUUAUGAACAUGGCUCCACAGUGCACAAUAAAUUUGCCUGCUCUCUACCACAAACCAAUUUCAUCAUAUUCUCUCGGUCUGGACACAUUUUCAUCAGCACUGGAUUCAUUGGAUAGUUUGUCAGUUUCAGAGUCUCAGAAAGAAAAUCAUUUUAGUCAGCAUCAUUUCAUGUCGCUGGGCAACAGUGACAUGCCAGUGGCAAGCAUUCCACCCAUCGGGAUGGGUUUCAGUACAUCCGAGGGGACGUACACGCAUAAUUAUCCACCGCAGUUGGAUCUUGCCAAGAAUCCUCUUGCUGAUACCCAUGAUUUCAAACAGGCCUGUUCCUCAUGCUAUAUUAAAACCGGACCUGGAGUACUGGAUUACACCUACCAUCCAGAGGACCACAAAUGCAAAAAGGAAUUGCUUUUGGGAAGACUUAAACACACAGAACUCCCAACAUGGAAGCUUAUUCGUCCAAGACCCACCAAAAACCAGUACAUGGGGCCUUAUUAUAUUUGCAAAGAUGUAGCAAUGGGACAAGAAUGCAGGUAUCUAGGACACUGUACCUUUGCUUACUGCCAAGAGGAAAUUGAUGUGUGGACCCUGGAACGCAAAGGCUUCAUCUGCAGGGACAAUCUAUGUGAUCCUUAUGGAUCGAGACCCAAGAUCAAUUUGUCUGUUCCUAAAAUCCUACAGGAGCACCAUGGGAUUUUUAUGUUCCUCUGUGAGGUGUGCUUUGAUCACAAACCCAGAAUAAUCAGCAAAACCAAUAAGGACAACCCCAGUCUAUGCUCUCACCCAGUGACAAAGCAUGCAUUUGAGGAAAAGAAGUGCCUUGUACAUAUUUUGAAGGACAAAACCGUUAGGUACUCCAAAAUCCGUUCCUACCACCCUUAUUGCCAGAUGGAUCUGUGUAGGCAUGAGGUGCGAUAUGGGUGUCAGAGAGAGGAUUCCUGCUUUUAUGCGCACAGCCUCAUUGAGCUCAAAGUCUGGAUGAUGCAGAGUGAACAAGGUAUCAAACAUGAAAGUAUCGUUCAAGAGUCCCAGAAAUAUUGGAAUAUGGAUGCUGCUACUCAUGCCCAGGUGCUCCAAGCCCUGCGCAGAUUUGGACCACCUAACCUGAAGUUGCAGUUCGUAUGUGCGCAGUGUUGGAGAAACGGUCAAGUCAGUGAGCCAGACAAAGACAAGAAGUACUGCAGUGCCAAGGCUAGGCAUCCUUGGUCUAAAGAGAGACAAGUGGUUCUGGUUAGCUCAGUUGAACGGAAAAAGUGGACAACAGUUCGCCCUCUCCCAACAAAAAAGCCCAUUCCUGCUCAGUUUGAAAUUUGCCUGCAUGUGGCAUCAGGCAAAAAGUGUCAGUACAUUGGAAACUGCAGCUUUGCACACAGCACAGAGGAACGAGAUUUAUGGACCUUCAUGAAAGAUAAUAAUAUUGCAGACAUGGAGCAGCUGUAUGAGAUGUGGCUGCUGUCACAGAAGCCGGGGUGGAGUGAGGAAACCUCCAGCAGUGCUGCCAGAGAGAAUGGCAAACAGAUUCACAUGCCCACAGAUUAUGCAGAGGAAGUGGCUGGCAACCAUUGUUGGUUGUGUGGGAAAAACUGCAACAGCGACAAGCAGUGGCAGCAGCACAUCACCUCUGAGAAGCAUAAAGAGCGAGUGUUCAACUCUGAGGACGAUCAGAACUGCUGGCAAUAUCGCUUCCCUACAGGCACCUUCAAAGUCUGUGAGCGGUUCCUCAAGGGCACCUGCACAGAGGAGGAACUUUGUAAGCUGGCACAUGGGGAGGAGGAGUUGAAGGAAUGGAAGGACAGAAGAGAAUUCCUUUUGAUGAAACUUGCCAAAGCCAGAAAAGAUCACUUGAUGGCACCAAAUGAUAAUGACUUUGGCAAAUAUAGUUUUCUACUUAAAGAUAUUAACUAAUGUUUUAAUUAAUUUGACGAUUGAUGCAGGGUGUUCUGGAACUAAAAUACAUCUUGGGCUCGGUAUUGAAUCAGGCAAGCAUGGUGUAGCUCUCGGCGGAGGAGGGAAAAGCAUUCCUCCUAGAUUUUAAUGGAAAGCACAGAGCUGGCCUUGUGUUCAGAGUUAUCACUGGCUUUGUUGCUUUUAUGACUGGUUAAAAUGAAUGCACUAUCGCCUUUUUAUUUUUUUGUUAUUAAAUAUCAUGGCGGAUCACCUUUCAGGAAGUAAAAUGUGGAUUUUGUUCAUGAAUCCCAAAGCAAAAGUGCAGUAUAUAGGUAUGGAAGGACAUAAUGGAUAUACUGAGAGAAGCCCUCUGAGAUUUCAUGACCGAUUUCUGUCUUUUUUUUUUUUGUUUUGUUUUGUUUCUUUACUCCCGUUUUGGAAUGUUGGGUCCUGUUUCUGUUAUUCAGCAUCCUCACCAAAUUAGUAUAUUGUAUGAUUGCUGUGUUAAAGCCUGUUGGUAUUAUAAGGACCAACAUAAAAUGCAAAGUCUUCAUCUUUUCAGCUUCCAAAUUUAUACCAUUUAGGUGUAUUAAUAGAGACGUGAUAAGGGAUAUGGUUGGCAUCACCCAAGGGAGUUAGGUUGAUGUCAAGACAUGUUUUAUCCUUGAGUGAGAGAUAUUGGAUAAGAACGACCUUUCUAGUUGCACCUCUGUAAAAAUGUUAAAUAAAUGCAUUCUCGCUUGGA